AUGGUAGAAUCAAACGACAAGUACAAGACAAUGGAAUACAGAUAUCUUGGCAACUCAGGAAUCAAGGUCUCAGUUUUAUCUUUUGGAAACUGGCUAAACUCAAACAAGGAGGAGGAUUACAAUCUAACAAGAGAUGCCAUCAAGAAAUGCUUUGAUGCUGGUGUCAAUUUCUAUGACACAGCAGAGGGAUAUGGACUUGGAAAUGCCGAGACUCAAAUGGGAAAGGCAUUCAAAGAACUCAAUCUGCCUAGAGAAGAGUUGGUAGUUACCACGAAGCUAUUCAAGUUGGGAGAUGGGCCUAAUGAUGGCUUUUUAUCUAGAAAACAUAUCCAAGAAGGACUAAAAAACUCAAUCAAAAGACUUCAAUUAGAUUACGUGGAUGUUGUCUACUGUCACAGACCUGAUUUUAACACUCCUCUUGAAGAAACAUGCAGAGCCAUGCACGAUUAAAUUGAAAAGGGAAGAGCUUUCUAUUGGGGUACAUCAGAGUGGCCAGCUGAUAGAAUCUCAAAGGCCAUUGAACUUUGUACUAGACUAAGGCUACACAAGCCAAUUGUAGAGUAAUGUUAGUACAGCAUGCUUUGCAGAGAUAGAUUCGAGAAGGAAUACAGAAGGCUAUUUUCUGAGACCAAGUAUGGAACUACAAUCUGGUCUCCCUUAGCUGGAGGCAUCCUUUCUGGCAAGUACAACGAUGGAAAUAUUCCAGAAGGUAGCAGAUAUGACAAUCACAAAAUUCUUGAUAGAAUUUGGUAGCUUUUCAUGGGUGAGGCCAAAAGAGAAAGUAGCCUAAAGAAGCUUAAUGCUCUAGAAAAGGUUGCUAAAGAAUUAGGUUACACUCAAGCUUAAUUAUCCUUAGCGUGGGCUAUUGCUAAUACUGAUGUAAGCACCUGCAUUCUUGGCUUUACUAAACUCUCUUAAGUUGAUGAGAACUUAAAAUCAAUUGAACUACUAAGAAAAUGGAAUCAAGAAAUUGAAAACAAGGUGACCUCAAUCUUAGAAAACAACCCUGAGCCUGAUAUGGAUUGGCGUAAAUGGGCUCCAAUGGAACAAAGAAGAGCUAUUUCAUUAUAUCCUUAGUAAUGA